AUGCAAGAGAAGAAGUUUAUGCUUGAGGAGCUAGCACAGCUAAAUGAUGGAACAUGUGUUGAUUUGGAGCCUAUAAAAAACAAAGAAGAUGGUUCCUACAGCCUAAUCAAAGAUGAAAUUGAAGAUUUCAUUUCAAAGCCUGCUCGAACGCACUCAAAGAAAAGCAGCUUUUUUGAUUCUGUGCCAAGUACAGAGCUGAAGAAGAGCAUUGAAGCCAUCCUGCAGAUGAGGAAUAUCCAUGAAGAAAUAUCCAAGAAAAAUGCACGGUACGAAUUUGAUAGGAAAAUGGCUAGAAUUAGAAAAAUCAAAAGCAAAACAUACAGGAAAAUGAAGAGAAAAGACAAGAUUAAAAAGGAAGAAGCGUUGGAAGCGUGCUUUGAAGAGUCAAGCAGAUCGGAGGAGACAAGCUCCAACAUUCAGGAGUUCAGGCCAGUCAUAUCUUUUGAGAAAGACAAAAAAGACCCAUCAAAUGAAGAGGAUUAUGGCCAGUCGCCCAGUGACGACUCAAACGACUCUGCUCGGGGUCUUGUAGACAAGGCCUUUGAAGUGCCAGGGUUUGAAGGCAAUGAAAAGGAAUUUCUACUAGAAAAAGCUAAAGUGGUGCAAGAAGAUGCGCCGCAGAUUAUUGAGCAUUGCCUUCCAGGUUGGGGCGACUGGGCCGGCGAAGAUAUUGAAUUUCACAAAAAUAAAUUCAACACGACCAUUGAGAAGAAGGAUGGCAUUAAAAUGUCAGAUAGGCAGGACUACAGGAAGAGCAAUGUUAUUAUUAACGAGCAUGCCGAGAUAAGUGACAAAUACAAGAGCACGCUCCCGUAUGGAUACUCACAUGAGAACUAUAAUGAAAAACUGAAGACGCCGAUCAGCCUUGAAACGACGUCCUCUAAAAUUUUCAACAGAUUUGUCAGGCUAAAUAAAAAUGACAAUGCGGCAUUAGGAGAAACCAUUAGGCCUCGGGAAUUUAAUCCAGAAUACUGA